AUGGCCACGCGGGCGCUGCUGCUGCUGCUGCUGCUCGUGGGCUGCGCCGCGCGCCCCGCGCCCCCCAGGGCCCCGCGACACUCGGACGGGACGUUCACCAGCGAGCUCAGCCGCCUGCGGGAGAGCGCGCGGCUGCAGCGGCUGCUGCAGGGCCUGGUGGGCAAGCGCAGCGAGCAGGACGCAGAGAACAGCACAGCCUGGACCAAGUCUGCGGACGGCCACCUCUGCCUGCUGUGGUCCGACGGGCCGGCCCUGCAGGCCUGGAAGCCCCUGGGGCCACCAGAGGCUCGGGCCUGGCCUCCCCAGCUGCCCCUUGGACUGAGGGCUGGGGUCAUGGUGUCAGAGCCAGCCAUUCCCGCUGCUGAGAGGGCCCCGAUGACCCCUGAGGAAGAAGGAAGCUCUGGAGGGGAGCCUGGAUGGGGGAGGGGUCGGCAAGGCUUGGCCUGCGGCCGGCGGGAGCCCCCCUGGUGGAGGCCAGCCCUGCGGUUGGUCAGCAGCCGGCUGUAA